GACGUAAACAAAGGCCAGACAUCGGACAGGCCUCAGCUGAGUCACACAACAGACCACCAUGAACAACAACGACGCGGAGAUCAACGACGGAGAAACGGAGACGAUCGCUAGCGACACCCAGAAGCCUGAGAAAAUGUUCACCCUGAAGAAGUGGAAUGCGGUGGCCAUGUGGAGCUGGGAUGUGGAGUGUGACACCUGUGCUAUAUGUAGAGUGCAGGUUAUGGAUGCGUGUUUGAGGUGCCAGGGUGAGAACAAGCAGGAUGACUGUGUGGUGAUAUGGGGUGAGUGUAACCACUCCUUCCACAACUGCUGCAUGAGUCUGUGGGUGAAGCAGAACAACCGGUGUCCUCUGUGCCAGCAGGAAUGGUCUGUGCAGCGAGUCGGCAAAUAGUCAACCUCAGCCUGCAAAUUGUAUUAGUUUGGGCAGAAGAGUUCUGCAACUUGCUGUGGUUGGAGAGAACUCUGAGGUUAGCAAGUAUUAUAAAAUUUUUAAUGAUAAAACAAUGUGUGUGUGUGUGUGUGUGUGUGAGAGAGAGAGAGAGAGAGAGAGAGAGAGAGAGAGAGAGAGAGAGAUUGCAUAAAUUAUUGGUGUUUAAGAGAAUUUCAUGAAAACAGCAAAUCUUUUCUUAGUUAUGAAGGUUAUGUUCUUACUCUACUUAUUCUGUAUUAAUGUGUUUUGAAACUUUACUUUUAUGAAUGUUUUUUGUAACAAAUAGCAUAUAUUUAAUUUCCAGUUAUGGAUCUGAGAAAGUCAUGUUAGAAACUAUUUAUAACAUCUUUUUCCUUUACAUUAUAACUUAAUGGCAAGAAAGUUAUACAAAAUGGAAUGUUCAGAGGUCACUUGUGAUACAUCAUAUGGUUUGUGAAAUGCAAAUGUGUUUGAAAAAUACAAAUUUAUAGUGCCA